AGAUCUGGCAACAGUGUGCAACUGUGAACGCAACUCUCGCAAGACAGUGCGAGACUCAAGAUGGCGGCCCCCGUCGGCUCGACUACUGCCUAAACAAACUUCUCUACUCGUACAUAAAACCUUGUUGUUUCUUUCUAUUUUUCUUCAUCUGACGUUUCCACUUUUGGCUCCGAAACCGGACUACACCACCAAACCACCCGAACCACCUGGAACAUUAUAUCGACGAGUGUGUUUACAGAGUCUGUAUCAUGAGCACGGUGGAUACAGUCGGUGUGAAAACGGAUCAAGCCAGCUCCACUUCAAGCAACAAAAUACUGCGACAGAGUUCAUCCUCCAGCUCAGAUGUCCAACAGCUGUUGGUGAUCAAAGAAGAGGAUUCCUCUGAGUGGAGCCCAAGUCUGGACCAGGAGAACCCAGAAACCCAAUGCAUAAAAGAGGAACAGCAGGAACUCUGGUCCGGCCAGGGGGGAGAGCAGCAUCAUGGGCUUAUGGAGGCUGAUAUCACCAGGUUCCCAUUCACUGUUGUCACUGUGAAGAGUGAAGAUGAUGAAGAGAAACCUCAGACUUCACAGCUUCAUCAAAGCCUAACUGAGGACAACGGAGAGGCAGAGCCUCCAGCCAGCAGCUCAGCAACACAGAUAAAAACAGAAACUGAUGGAGAGGACUGUGGAGGAUCUGAACCUAGUCCUAGUCAUCCACACCUAAAUACUGAUGAAAAGGCUUCAGACUGCUCUGACACUGAUGUCAGUUCUGGUGACUGGCAAGAACCUGUGUUAGAUUCUGGACCUGAAACUGAGGACAGUAACAAUGGUUGUGAGGAGACCAGUCCACAUGAGUCAGGAGUAAAUUAUUUGAAGUAUAAGGAAAGCCCUGUGAGUGAUGAUGGAUGUAAUGUUGUGGCAAAAACCCUAAGCUGCUCUGAUAGUGGUCGAGGGUUUCACAGCAAGGGGUCUCUUCAGAAGCACAUGAUAUGUCAUAUAGGAAAAAGGUCCUCAAGCCAUCUGGUGAAUAAGAAAUGUUGUAGAGUGAAGGAAAAGGAAGAUUCACCGUUAAGAGUAAAGAUAGGAGAAAAAACAUUUGAUUGUAGUGAUUGUGGGACAAGAUUUAGCCUAAAGAGAAAUCUUGAAAGACACAUGCAAGUCCACUCAGGAGAGAAGCCAUUUGCUUGUGACAUUUGUGGUAAAACAUGUAUACGACAGGGAGCUCUCACAACACACAUGAGAGUCCACACAGGAGAGAAACCAUUUGGUUGUGAUGUUUGUGGCAAAAGAUUUACACAACAAGGAAAUCUAAAGACACACAUGAGAGUCCACACAGGAGAGAAACCCGUUGGUUGUGAUGUUUGUGGUAAAAGAUUUACACAACAGGGAUACCUUAACACACACAUGAAAGUCCACACAGGAGAGAAACCAUUUGUCUGUGACUAUUGUGGGACAAGAUUUAGCCUUAAGAAUAAUUUUGAGAGACACAUGCGAGUUCACACAGGAGAGAAACCAUUUGGUUGCAAUGUUUGUGCCAAAAGAUUUACUCAUCACGGAAGUCUCAAGGCACACAUGCGAGGCCACACGGGCGAAAAACCAUAUGCUUGUGAAACUUGUGGUAAAAGAUUUACGCAUCAGGCAAGUCUAAAAGUACACUUGACGGUCCACAUUGGGGGGAAAUCAUUUGGUUGUGGUGUUUGUAGUAAGAGAUUCAAACAACAGGGAAGUCUGAAGUCACAUAUGAAAGUUCACUCUGAAUAAAAUGACUACUAAGAUGAACUUUUGGUCCAAUUUGAUCCUCAUUAAUGAGUUUGUCAUUUUGAGGCAAAAACUGAAUCUUCACAAAGACAUCUAUCAAUUUUGCACAAAUCAACUAAUCACUGGCGUUCAGUUGAUUUAUGCUUGAUGUCUUUCUGAACAUGCAGUUUGAGCCUUCUCCUCCUGUCUCUUUUUACAUGUACUAAUCUCUUAAGUCAGAUGCUGUCCUUUCGAAUUUCAAAAACCUGCCAGUCAAAUGUCAGUUUGCUGCAGGUAUCCCCAUGUUACCCCAGAAAGAUGGGAAGUUAAGAAUGCUGACUUGGAUAUAUUGACUUCUGACAUUAAACAGGAUCACAGCAUUAGAGUGACGCAGUUGCUCUCCACCAACUGCAAAACCUGGGGCAUGAUGGGAAACAGCUGGCUGUCUCCUGAUCAUAGAGCUGACUGUUUUGAUUUGACUCAAUAUAAGUCUUUGAUGUGGCUGAAUUUUGAGGUUCUGAUUUGUUUUUCUGAUCCUGAAGUCUUUUCAGUUAACAGAAUACAUAUUGUGUUUAUUUUAAUAAAUCAGAAUCAGAUCUAA